UCUAAAGUUAGUUUUGUUAGUUUGAAGUGAAGAGCAUGGCAUCUUUGGCAACUCUUGCUGCAGUACAGCCCACAACUGCCGUCAAUGGGCUAGCUGGAAGCUCCAUUAUUGGAACUAAGCUACAUGUUAAAUCAUCUCGCCUUAAUUUGAAGUCUACUAAAUCCAGGGCUGGUUCUGUGGUAGCAAAGUAUGGUGACAAGAGUGUAUACUUUGAUUUAGAGGACUUGGGCAACACCACUGGCCAGUGGGACUUGUAUGGUUCAGAUGCACCUUCGCCAUACAACUCCCUUCAGAGCAAGUUUUUCGAGACUUUUGCUGCUCCUUUCACUAAGAGAGGUCUGUUGCUCAAAUUCCUGAUAUUGGGAGGUGGCUCAACUCUUGCAUACUUCAGUUCAACUGCAUCAGGGGAUAUACUACCAAUCAAGAAAGGACCUCAACUUCCACCCAAGCUUGGGCCACGCGGAAAGAUCUAAUUCCUUUUCAAUCCAACUUUCUCAACCUUCAUUUUGUAAUUGAUGUAUCUGUCCCCAGCUUGUAAGUAUUCUUGAAGCCUACCUGAGACCUUUUGUUACAGAAGUUAAAUCUUAUUGCAAAGUUGGAGCAUUGCUUUCUAGCUUGUCGUCUUGUGACAUCGAGUGUUGAGAUGUUACUUUAAUUGGUUCAGGUAGGUGUCAAUGAAUAAUGAUUUUAAUUAAGCUUUGGCUAGAAAGUCGAUAAA